GCCGCCGGCAGGGCCGCAACCGCGCAGACGCCGCACGCGACGCAGCCGCCCGCAGCUCCUCUGCCGCCUGGCUCCGCGCCUCGGCCCGGCUCUGCCGCAGCGGCCGCGAGGAGGGGCCUGCGGAGCGCGACUCGGGAGUCUCGGGUCAGCGCCCGGCCGUCCGAGCCACCGCCAGGCCUCCCCGAGAGGCGCCCACGCUCCUGCCGCCCGGCCGCCCGGACCCUCCGCCAAGCCCGCAGCCACCUGCUCCGGGUCUGAGGCCAGGACACGAUGCGCUCCGCGCUGGUGCUCUCGGCGUUUCUGCUGCUGCUGCCGCUGUCGCUCUCCCAGAAUGAAGUCAAGCCUAUUGGUGAAACAGCUGCCGAAGAAAGCAAGCCAGACACAGUUCCACCAUCCAGUGCUCAAAACACAGUCAAACAAAGCACAGUCCCACCAUCCACUGAUAAAAGUGUGACUGCAUUGGAGACCAAGGGAAGCACACCCACAACACCUAACACCUCAAGGGCAGUGCCACCCUCAGCCCAGCAAAGCACAACUGCAGCAGCCAGUGGCAAAGAUGAGAAACCAGCCACAGGCAACUCUGCUAUAACUACUAAAGACUCAAAGGAUUCUACAACCACACCAACCACUGUCUCGACAAAGCCUGAAACCACAAGCAGCCAGAGUGGAAUUAAAAGCAAUUCAGCUAAAUCUGGAACCCAGAGUAGCCACGGUGUGACCACAAGCAGUGUGAUCACUAAGGAAGGAAAUCAGGCAGCCUCUGACCUUCCAAAUCUGGGUGACACCUCAGUCAUCACGCCUGCCCUUCCUUCCUUGCCCACCCCAGCAAGCACUCACCAGCCUAGCACGGUCCCUGUGACUUCGGUCCCUGUGACUUCGGAGCCCGCAGGGAGCUCCUCCGAGGGACCAAACAAAAUUACAGCAGCUACAAGUUCAGGCACAAUGGCGGGCCCCACCUUCACGACGCAGGGGACGCUGACCACACUAACACCGUGGGUUACCUCACAAGGAACUCAACACACCUCCAGCAAGACGCCAGCUGUCACUGGCACCUCUGGGGCUCUGCAGCCUACAGGCUUUUCAUCGGGACCUGGGACCACAUCUCCUGCCAGGGGACCCACAAGCUCCAACACUCAUUUGGAGUCAACUGCCCCCCAAGGCUCCAGUAUCCCUUCUCCCACCUCAGUAAUUUCAGCAGGCGUGGGACAGAUACAGUGCGAUUCUCCCGAAAAGCUGAAUGAGAAGAUGCUCGUCCUGAACAUCUCGAAAACUGAUGUCUCGAAAACCAACAUCUGUAAUGCGACCGCUUCGAAUGACAAACUGGUCACACUUUUGUGCCGAGCAGCAAAAGCCUCCUUCAACCCAGCUCAAGAUCAGUGCCAUAUACAGCUGGCACCUGUUCCAGAAAUCCAGGCAGUGGCAAUCAAACAAAUCACUAUCUGCACAAACCUCUUUCCCACGGACGUUUAUGAAUUGCUGAAAGACAAAUGGGAUGACCUAAAAGAGGUGGGAGUCAAUGACAUGCAGUUUGAGGGUCAAGGACCACCAGAAGAGACCGAGGACCGGUUCAGCAUGCCCCUCAUCAUCACUAUUGUCUGCAUGGCAUCCUUCUUGCUCCUGGUCGCGGCCCUUUAUGGCUGCUGCCACCAGCGCCUCUCCCAGAGGAAGGACCAGCAACGACUAACAGAGGAGCUACAGACGGUGGAGAAUGGUUACCACGACAAUCCAACCCUGGAAGUGAUGGAGACCUCAUCAGAGAUGCAGGAGAAAAAGGUGGUCAACCUGAAUGGGGAGCUGGGGGACAGCUGGAUCGUCCCUCUGGACAACCUGACCAAGGAUGACCUAGAUGAGGAGGAAGACACACACCUCUAAUCAGGUCUGCUGGCGGCCUCCGACGGUGCACAGAGCUCCAGCCCAACCACCUCAAGUGCCAUUUGGACAGGGGAGGAAAAUCCUUCCCCUUCGAGGGAAAGACUGGGGAGGGAGAGCAGACUCGGAGGGUUCCCUCCUCCCAAUCCCCACAGGCCUUAAUUUUUCCCUUUUCAAGCUGAACAAAUCACAUUCUGUGUAGAAUCCUCUUGUAAAAUAACCCACUAGUGCCUGAGCUCAGUGCUGCUGGGAGAUCAGGAAAGAGCCAUAUAAGGGACUUUAGAGACCAUCUAACAGAAUCCCUUCAUUUCACAGAUGAGAUGACUGAGGCCUAAAGAGGGUAAAGUCAAGGUCACACAGCCACUGGGUGACAGAGUCAGGAUGAAAACAGAGAUCCUUCAUUCAGUGCAGUGCCCACUGCCACCAUGCCACGCUGCUGUGAUCACCUGUGCCCUCCCUCCAGAGCUGCCCUGGGCAGGGGGGACGAAGCUGCCAGUCGGUGGAUGGGAUGGAGGGGAAAGCAGGGCCAGACCCUGUCGCAGUGGGAUCUGAUUACUUGAAAGGAUAGGUCCCGUUUUCUAUCUCCUACGCCAGCCUUGUCUGCCAGUGUUCCUGUCCUCUUUGUUCUCCCCCCUCCCUUCACUCAGUUUUCACUCCCACUCUGUCCCAGGGCCCCUGGGACUAACACAGGUCAUUCAUGAUCUUGAACCCCUUGUUCUGGAGUCUAGUUUCCUGGCAUUUGCUUAUGAGAUUGGGACUGAUACAGCACGCAAGGCUCCCAGUGUGAACAGGUCUGCACAUGGGUCCAUCUACAGGUGAAGAGAGAAAGGGAAGCCUUUCCUCCCAGGAUGGGCCCCGGCCCACCUCCAAGACACUCCUUGAAGAGGAUCCCCGAGUGCUGCUUUGGUCUCCCAUUCCCACCAGGGACUAAGGUCUGCAGCAGCUAUUGAAGGCAAGGUGUUCCUAUUUCGUUGUCACUGCUCAGCCGAUGCGAUGGGGUGAAGACCCCAGCUCGGUCAUCCCCGAGAUCCAGUGUGAAAGAGCAGCUUUAGGACAGAGCUUCCUGGUGCCCAGUCAGCAAAGAGGUGUCUGAAUAGACAAUCGAUUGAAACAGCAGGAAGGAUAGGCUUCACUUUCCAUAUCAUAGGAAAUUCAGGGGCUUUGCAAGUUGCUGAGAGUUUUGUCUUCUGUGUUUUUUAAUCCAGAACUCUGCUGCCAAAGGCCAAAGCUCACAUCGUUGAGACAUUUUCGGUUAGAUUCCAUUCUUCUGUGCACAGGGCAAGAAAGGCCUAGAUGCAUGGUGCACUGCAAGGUGCAUAAGGGGCAGCCCGGGGUCCUGGCCUUCUAUUCCCAGUGACCUCUCACUGUCGGGGCACGGAGCUAGCACUUGCUGUGUCCCCUCCUCUGUAUUCCUAGUGGGGCUGGCUGCCCAGCGCUCCUGUAGGUUCUGGUGGCAUCUCAGGGAAACAAAAUGCCGACUGUUGCCCAGUGGAGGGGUUUUGAGGGAGCUCAGCAGGUAGCUGCUACGUAGACGGCAACUGAGGACUGGGCAUAGCGAGGUUUCAUCUGAUUUUCUGAGAAGAAGGAAUCCUGUGUGGAAUUUUGAACUCUGCCCAUGUUCUCUAUUGUUCCUGGGCAUAAAUUCUCUGGAACCUACUAGGAAGAUGCUUAGGAGAAUGAAAAUGGUCACUUCAGGGCAAAAAGCCAGACCCCUAGAACCUAGGGGCAGUCUAAGCUGCAACAGUUCUGAUAAAAUAGGCUAUCUGGUUUGGGAUAGGUUAUUUUUUUAAAGGAGAGGAUCUCAAGAGGAAGAUCUAUGUCCUUCCUUUGCUGCCUAAUUCCCUCUUCAUAGCCUUUAGCCAUUUGAUACCUAGGAGAAAAGGAAGGCCAGAGGUUCAAGUAGGACCCGUGAGUUUCCCAAAAGCUAGAAAGAUGCUAAGCUAACAAGGAUCCUAAAGUAUUUGCCCUGAUUCUCUACUAUUUGGAGGUUGGCAGGAUGGAGGAUACCAGUUUGAGAGAAAAUAGAAGAAAUACUGUUUCACUGGGAAAAGAUCUGUUUGCUUCUUUCCUACCCAGCAUUUGGUUCUUUCUACCCAUUCUAUCGUGGCCACUGUGGGAGAGGCCAGACUAGAUUACUCCUUUGCUGAUUCUGGGUCACAUUCCAGCAGCUAGGUUUAGACAGAGAGAGCAAAUAUGUCUCUGCAAACCAAUCAAAAGCCACAACCCCCAGGCCUCUUGGGGAGAGAGAUGGUGACUGGCAAGGACCAGAGAGUAAAAAUUAUGCUUGGUCAAGAGGAAUUAAUGUGGCUCUGUCCAGAGAGAACCUUGAAAAGCUUUGGGCUGGUUCAAAGGUUCCUUCUUUAGAUGCAUCCAAAUUGUAUUGCUCCAGCCUUUUAGGGCAACUUGCUUCGGCUUGCUCUUGACACUAGACACCUAUAUCAAAGACCGUUAUCACCAUGUAUCUGUAAAGGUCAUCUUCUUCCCACAUCUUUACUGGGUUCUGAUGCUAUCUGGUAAUUCAGAUUCUGGGGCUGAGAAGAAGAGAAGAGGAGAGAACCAGGAACUCAGCAUGACUUGAAACAAGUUAUGCCAGAGAGAGAUUAUAAACUCUAUCUAUCUCAGUGGCACACUGGUUUCCCUAAACUUCAUAAAGACCAGAAGCUAUGAAUCUGAUGACUGGACAAAAUCCAGUGGGAAGCACACUGUUAUGUGAGUGGGGAGAGACGCAGCAAUGCUUAUGAAUGGGGUACAGAAUAUUCUUUGCAUCGUAGGACAAAAUACAGGUUUAAUCUAGUCUAGACACAAGAUUCUUCUUUCUCCUCUUGAUAAGGAAAGCUAGCAGAAAGUUUAUUUAAACCACUUCUUGAGCUUUAUCUUUUAGACAAUAUACUGGAGAAACUUUGGAAAACAAGUUCAAGCUGAUACACAUAUACGUAUUUUUUGAUAAUGUAAAUACAACAGCCAAAUGUUAAUCCACCCGGCACUGCUCUGAGUGAAUAUACUUUGAAAAAACAUUUGUUAGCUAAGAGAGGCGGCUUUUUUUUUUUUCUCUAAACAGGAAUGUAAAUGUCUAUUUUACUGGAAAUAAAUUUUUGUUUUUCUUUGGUGAAAAAUGAAAUAUAAGGCUGAUGACAAAGUGUCUGUCUUGCAGAUUGGGCAUUUUUAUUUUUAAAUAUGAUCCUCAUCCCCUCUCCAUAAAGUCCCAGCAUGUUACAGUAAGGGUUGGAGUCAAUACGCACUGGUUGGAAAGUGACUCUCUUGUCAUAGGGAGAGGGUUUUAGAACCCAGUCCAAUCUUCUUUUUUAAAAAAAAAAAACAGAAAAAGAGCCUGAAGCCCAGAAAAAUAAAGUGACUUGGCCAAAAUCACGGUUUAGUGACAGUAACAGGCUUAAAGCCUGGGUUGGAAGACCGUCCAGUGCUGUGUGCCUCAGGAAGAAUCAACAAAUUAAGGACUGCUAAUUAAGGGCAGGCACCAGAAUGACACAAAGGACAGAAUUCCCUUCUGGAAUCUGCAGCAAGGCUAGGGAGAGCAUGAAGACAAAAAUAGGAACCUUACUGGUCUUCUGUACUUCUGAGUUAUUUAGGUCUAAGACUUAAAUGAACAAUUCUUUCUUUUCUGCUAAGAAAUAAGUUUUGAAUGAGCUUUUACAUAUAGAUCUUCUAAGUAGGACUAAGGAUCAAAGGGAACAAGACAGGGGAAGGCAGGGGGGCAAAAGUAAAGCAAUGUCUUUCAUCACUGUCAUUAGCUGAUUCACUCAGGUUUGGUGAAAACCCAACACUGAGUGAAAGGAGGGGAUUACUAUUUGCUCUGGGUCUUUUUUAAAAUUAGUGAACGUUAAACAGUUUGCCCAGGAGACUGGGGGAGCAUGUGUCUUAGUGGACAGGGGUCUAAAGUACACUGGAAUUUACUGAGAAACUUGUUUGUAAAGACUGUACUUAAUUAUUGCCGUUUUCUUACAAAAAUAUAUUUUGGAAAAUUGUAUACUGUCAAUUAAAGUGCUUUUGUCUAA